AUGGCGGCGCUCCAGGUGCGACUCGGCGAGCUUUCCGCCGCCGCCGCCGCCGAUGCGUUCUCGGUUGGGGAGCACGGGUUGCUGCUUGCGGACCUCAGCCCCGCAAGGCCGCAUGGGAGGAGCGCGUGGCGCUGCUGUAGGGCCUCGCUGCGACGUACUCUGGCAUCUGACGCCCUUCUCGCGUGCGUUGGGGUUGCGGGAGGCGCGCGGACGCCGAGCAUAGGCGAGGGCGCCGGGAGAUGUGAGUCUGGAGCAGCGGCGGAGAGGAAACGAGGCGAGAAGUCAGCGUUGGGAAACGCGAAGCGUCGCGUCGCGGGCGCUGCGCCUGGCACCCGCCGCCGCAUCAGGAGGGAAGGGGAGAGAGAGAGAGAGAGGAAGGGGAGGGCGAGAUGGAGGUGA